AUGGUCCAUGAGCACGAACUUUUGGUUCACAUCUCCGCACCCGUCACCCGUCAAAACGACCAACUCUAUCGUUCCUUGGCUAACGCUUAUCUCGACUUCGAACCCGCCAGAACCCAUGGAGACAGGCCACCACAGCCUGGUGCAGAUGUGUCUAGCCAGGAUGCGGAUGCUUCUCGAAUGAGCGACCCGGCGGUACUAAAUCCCGGUAGUUCAUUCGACUCCAACGUCGACGCUUCGUUUCUAUCAACGGGUAAAGAUUCUUAUGGCAGUUUCCCCUCAGGCUUAUCGCAAAUACAAGACAAUCAUGCUCCACCAUCCAGUCGGCUUGCCCGUCUAGAAGAAAUCCACCAGAACUGGAAGGCGCAAGUAACGACAACUCCCAAAUCGAGCGCUGCUAGUAAACAGCGCGGUGCAGAAGAUUGGUAUGAUGGGGAAGAGGAAGAGUGUGAAGAUGUCGACACGGCCUUCAUCGAGGAUACGCAAGAGGCAAGAUCGGCGCUGCAAAGUCAGAUGCCGGAUAGCUUUGAGAUGACUGACGAGAACACCUCGGAAGACGAUAUAGACGAAAGACAUGUGGAAUCUGAUGAAUAUGCUGGCAUUUUUACGCAAGAAGUUCCGUUAGACGGCGAUGAGCCAACUGAACAGAUGAAUGCUAUUACGAGAGAAGAACCGCCGCAAAGUGGACCUGAGAGCAGCUCUCCGAUAUCUUGGGAAGAUUCAGACGAAGCCGAAUUGAUCGCUGAGAAUGCUGCGCAAGAAGAUCUCCCGUCGUCCGAUGCACCAGCAGGGCCCAUACCUGUUGCUAUAGCAGAAAAUACCGUUCCGUCUCGACCCACGCCCUUGCCAAAGGAACCCGCUACAGUCGUGGGUCGUCGUAAGAGUGCGCGCCUACAGGGAACUAAAGGAGCAGAGGUCAAGUCGCUUGGCAACCCAAAAGCCCGUCCAGAGUUGGAGUACGACAGCCUACUCGCAAGAGUAAAACGAAGAAGCUCGCGCCUGAAGGACGCGUCAAAGCUAGCGGCUCCCUUCAAAGUACCCACUACAGUUGCGAGUCGCCGUAAGAGUGCACGCUUGGAAGAAGCUGGCGCAGCAGCAGCAGUCAAGACCCAUGUUCCCCCAACUCCGCCUCCCGCCCCUACCUCUACCAUUGCAAGACAACAGGAAGCCGUGCGUUUAGACGAAGCGCCCAAGCCAGCAGUUCCAACAGCACAACACGAGAUCGAAAGCCUACACGAAGCCGACUGUGAUCCCGAUGCCUCCAUCGACUUAUCCACACUUCCACACAGCGUCCUAGCGCCCGAACCCAAGAUCGGCAUCACCACCCCUCUAACCUGGCCCUCGCAGAUAACACCCUACCUCGCCUCCCUCAAAACCCAGUACCCUAGCAACCUUUUCCAGCCUCGCAAAAAACUGCACACCCCGGCACCUGAUACACGCGGCUGGUGGGUCGCCAGCUCCGACGCAGGCACCGAUGACCGCACCCUCUACGACCACACCUCCGACGACGAAGCCUACGACGGCCGGCCGUCCGGCGACCUUGACGAGCGCGACCGCGAUAUCUUGGACUCGGAGGAUGAGCGCGAGAGGCUUCUUACGCGCGAAGAUGGUGGAAAGGGUAUCCUAGGGCGUAAAGGCUCCGGGGUCAAGGUCGGCAAAUGGGACAAGAAGAGCGAGACCAAGGGGCGCAGGAAAAGCGGUAAUGAAGAAACAAGUGCGCUCAUGUACGAAAUGGAAGAGGGUAUUGGCGCAUCGAGUACCAGUUUCCGGUCAAGGAGGAGUUCCCAAAGCGAUGAACAGCGAUUACUUGCGAGCGAGCUGCAGAGAAAGGCAUGUGAAACACGUAGGAAAAGCCUAUACCGACGCAUGGCCAUCUAUGUAUCCAUCGUCGUUCUCUUUGUCGUCCUCCUCGCAGCUACGUACAAUCUCUCCACCCCCAAAGAUGUCAAGGGCGCAGUAACCCUGGUAUCAAACGGCACCUCGCUCUUCGCCCCAACCACGAUACUCAUCUCCCUCGACGGCUUCCGCGCCGACUUUCUGUUCAGAAAUCUGACACCCACGCUGAACCAAUUCGUCCAAGAAGGCAUCUCGCCAAAGUACAUGAUGCCCAGCUUCCCCAGCGUCACAUUCCCAAACCACUACACAAUGGCCACGGGCAUGUACCCCGAAGCACAUGGCGUGGUAGGAAACACGUUCUGGGACCCUGAACUACAGCAAGAGUUCUACUACACAGACCCAGACCGCAGCCUGCAAGCGCACUGGUGGGGCGGCGAACCCCUCUGGGUGACGGCCGAGAAACAAGGAGUACGGACGGCGGUGCACAUGUGGCCCGGUUCCGAAGCCAAUAUCCUACAUCAAGACAUUGCUUACGUUGACAAGUACAACGGCUCCGAAGUGCUUGCUAGCAAGGUCGACCGCAUCAUGUCGCUCCUCGACACCCCUGGCCCUAGAGACGUGGGCGCCAAAGCAAGUGCGCCCAGGCCCCAGCUCAUCGCAGCGUACGUCCCCGACGUCGACGGCGACGGUCACCGCUACGGCCCCAACAGCACCGAGAUCCGCAAAACGAUUGCAAGCGCCGAUGCCAUGGUGGGAGGUAUCCUGUCUGGUCUGCAAGCACGCAACCUGACCAACAUUGUAAACGUCAUCGUCGUGAGCGACCACGGCAUGGCUACCACGGACGUGACGAGACUGAUUCAGCUCGAAGACUUGGUCGAUCCAAAGGAACUCGAACAUACGGAUGGCUGGCCGCUCUACGGUUUACGCCCUCGAGAUCCGGCUUCUCUACAUCGGCUUUACAACCAGAUCAAACAACGCACAAAGGAGAAUCCUAACGUGGACGUUUACUUAAGAGACGAGGAUAUGCCGGAGCGGUACCACUUUAGUCGCAACAAGCGCAUCGCGCCUCUCUGGAUCGUGCCCAAGACGGGUUGGGCGAUUGUCACCAGGGACGAAUUCGACGUCGAAGCGGGCAAGAAGGAGGGCCAAGUGUACCAUCCGAGGGGUCUGCACGGAUAUGAUUUUGAACACCCGUUGAUGAGAGCCGUGUUUAUUGCUCGGGGACCGGCUUUCCCGCACACGCCGGGGAGCAGAAUGCAACCGUUCCAGAAUAUCGAAUUGUAUAAUAUCGUUUGCGAUACGCUGGGUCUCACGCCCGCGCCGAAUAAUGGGACGUUGCGUCUGCCGCUGAAACCAGUUGGGUUGCACGACGACGACGAAGAUGCGCCUGGGAAUGAGAAUCAUACGCCCGAGGACCCCGUUCCUGCUUACACUAUUCCUUCUUCUUCUUCUUCGUCGUCGUCGUCGUCGACAGAUCUCGCGUCCAUGGACUUGGGCUCCUUAUCCUCCAUUGCAGCAUCCGCGUCCGGAAUGGAAGAUACUUCUCCUUCGCUUCACGACCCAGUAGUACCGGCCCGGCCCACUCCGGCGGAUGGAAGUAAAGACGAACUCAAGAAUAAGGAAGGCGACAAGGAAGCGAGCGAGGGGGCGGAGAAGGAAAAAGAGAGUUGGUGGGAGUGGUUGACGCAUAAAGCUGAUGGGGUCAAGGAUUGGGUGGAUGGCUUCAUUCAUGAUCAUGUUCCAGGGGAGGAGAAGGGGCAGGGGGAGAAGGGUGGAUGA